AUGGAUCCCUCCGAAGAGAAUUCCGAAAAACCGAAGAAAAAAUUUCGUGAGAUAGUUAAAAAAUAUUUGGUAGAAUCUGAUUCUGGAAGUGAGGAGUUACUUGGGACCUCUUUAUCGUCUAGACAUAAUUAUAAUUUUCAAUGGAGCAAUGAAGUGAUUUUUUCUCCAAAAAUUGCGGAUUCAAAUCCUUCGACUCCACAUUAUGAUCUCUCUGAUGAGGAGUUCAUUGAUGAAUACCUAGAAAAUUUUAACAAAAUUCCAUUUCUUGACCGAUGUGUACAUGAUUCAGAUGGUGCUCAUUCAGAUGAGGAUGAUUCUGAUGCCUUGAGUGAGGUUUCGGAUGAAUCAAGUUACUCAGAAGUUAGCAGUGCCUCCAAAUAUCGGUAUACCAAACGAAUUAGAUCUCGAAAUAGAUCGGAAUCUCCUGGAAGACGCUGGAGAGUUACUAAUCCCUCCCCUGGUGCCCUUGUUUGGGCUCUCCUUCCAGCUCAGUACGGUACCCCGUGGUGGCCCGCAGUUGUAAUCGAUAAAACUCCUUUCCUCAUGAAAACAAAGAGGGGACAUGAUGUUGUGGCUUAUCGGAUUUUACUCAUAUGUCCUCCAAACCACCUUGCAUUUAAUGGAUCAUUCUAUGUUAAAGAUAGAAAUUUGCGUGGUCUCAAGACUAAACAAGAUUUCGAUGACUUCAUGAAAGCUUCUAUCAGUUUAUCCCACAAGCAGUUGUAUCGCAUUUCCCAAUUUCAAAUUCCUAUCCUCCAGGAACCCUAUUGGAAUAGGGCGAGGAAAAUAUAUUUUCUUGUGGAACAGUUGACCGCCUCAUCUCUUGCUGAACGAAUGCUUCAGCUAGGAUUGUCGCUUCCAGAAUAUCAGAAAAUCUGGGAGGAAGAGGAUGCGAAACGAACAGAGAUUCUUAUUCCUCUUGAAAAUGUCUCACAGAGGACUGAAAUUGCCCGAAUCAGAACUUUUAGCGGACAUCAGAUCACUACUCUUCCACGAGAUGGACAUGCAUAUGAAGAUCUACUCCAUGUAUUUGCUGGGCGCCCAUCAGCAAUGUACAUAUGUUCUGAGUGCUUCGAACCUGGUUGGUAUGAAAAGAAGCAAUCCAAACGUGAUGACGCUGGUGAUGAGAACGACCAACCUCAAUCCAUCACCGAGAGCAACAAUAAUGCCAGUGACAACAAAGAUCUUAAAAGUUCUGGCCCCUUGACAAAUGAUCACGUCAAAACCUACUCAAAGACGCAGGCAACUAUGGCAAGAUCUCUUGCAAAAUCCGACCUUAGUCUCUGCAAUAGGCCGCUUGUUAAGUGCUCAAAUAAUUGCCCUCGGUUCAUUCAUGAGUCCUGUCUCUUGCAGAAUGAGUCGGGUGAGGAUGUGUUGUGCCGAUUUUGCACCGCACGAGUUAAUCAAUGUUCCCACUGCCUCGAGGUGGAGCCAAUUGCCAAUGGUAAAAAUGACAACACUAUCCUGGGCAUCUGCUCACGCAGUACGUGCUUCAGACGCUUACAUCGAAAUACUUGUCUUCGACUACCGAUGUACGAGUAUCUGGUUCGGGAAGGUCGCCGAGAUGAGUUCAUUUGUCCUGCACAUUCAUGCCUGACGUGUUAUGUGGAAAACCGUGGAAUAUGGUCGUAUGCAACGAGAUUUUUCAUCUCAUGCGCUCUCUGUCCAUCGGUUUAUCACUCAGAUGAGUGGUGUAUUCCGGCUGGAUCUAUUUGGCUUUCCCGCUACUGGAUUAUUUGCCCUCGACAUGCACUGGCUCGUCCACCCAAGAGCUUGCUUAAGAUAACAUCUUCCCAACACGGGACACCUGACAGUGCCGCUGCAGAGAAUGAACACAAAGGGCUCAAUCUUUAUGAACAUUCGGCUCUUCGAAAAGUCCUCGUUUCUGAUGCGGAGUUGUCCAUCCUUAAGUUCUUCCUCCGUCCUGCUAACACUGCUUGGUGCGUUAUAUGUGGCAAAGAGGGGGAACUUGUUUGUUGCGAAGGUUGUCCGAAUGCUUUUCAUGAAGAUUGCCUUAGUGAAUCGGUUGGCGAGCAACAGUCCUCUGUUCCACACUUUGAUCUCUUUAUCUCCCUAUCACAUCUACCAUAUCUUUGGAAGAGACUAGGAAGAUCUGGUGUCUAG